AUGUCGCAAACCGAAGUGACCCGCGCCGACUCGAUACAGGAGGAAGACCCUCAUAAUGAACCUCCUAAGAAGCAGAAGAACAGACGCCCGGCCAACACCGCAUUUCGUCAACAGCGAUUGAAGGCAUGGCAACCUAUCCUCACCCCGAAAACCGUCCUACCCAUCUUCUUCGCCAUCGGAAUCGUCUUUGCCCCCAUCGGGGGCCUCCUUCUCUGGGCCAGUUACAGUAUCCAAGAAUUGGUGAUUGAUUACUCGGAUUGCAACGCGACUGCAACCACCGAAUUUACACAAAUACCCGACAGCAAGGUUUCGUCGUCUUUCAAAACUUCAAACAAUACUGUCCGACCUCAAUGGAGAAAGACCCUGAACACGACCACGCCACCGCUGAGUGUGGAAAUCGAGGACACCGCCGUUUGUACCCUCCAAUUCUCGAUCCCGAAUGACAUUGGUCCACCCGUUUACCUCUAUUACCGCCUGACCAACUUCUACCAAAACCACCGAAGAUAUGUCAAGUCGCUCAAUACCGAACAAUUAAAAGGCCACGCCUUGAGCAAUGGUACGAUCGACGGGAGCUCAUGCAAUCCUUUGAAGCUGGAUGAUAACGGCAAGGCAUACUACCCAUGCGGCUUGAUUGCCAACUCUAUCUUCAACGACACUCUCAAUUCGCCUGUCGCGGUGAAUGCUCCAGGGAGUCAAGGAAGCCAACAAUAUCGCAUGACCAACAAGGGCAUUGCUUGGGGAUCUGAUGCGUCCCUCUAUAGGAAAACGAAAUAUACCAACCAUCAGGUCUCUCCUCCACCCAAUUGGCAAAAGCGCUACCCCAAUGGAUACACCGAUGAGCAUCCCAUCCCCGACCUGUCACAAUACGAGGAGUUUCAUGUUUGGAUGAGAACGGCAGGUCUGCCCACGUUCAGUAAACUCGCCCUGCGAAACGACAACGAAACCAUGACCGCCGGCAUCUAUCAAAUGGACAUUUAUGAUUUCUUCCCUGUCAAUGUUUACGACGGUACGAAGAGCGUCCUGAUCUCGACUCGAUCAGUUGUCGGGGGCAAGAACUCAUUUUUGGGCAUCGCCUAUGUGGUUGUCGGCGGAUUAUGCAUCGUUCUCGGGGUGCUUUUCACUGUUGCGCACUUGAUCAGGCCGAGAAAAAUGGGCGAUCACACGUACUUGUCCUGGAACAACGACACUCCUGCUACAGCCUCCAUACCAUCAAGUUUCGGCGACGUACCAAAAUACAGACCGCCAGGCCUUCCUCACCCAACUUAUGUCACCGAUGCCGUGGUCACAAACCCAUUCAUCUACCUCGUGCAUGUGUACACGAAUGCCUCAAUCAACUACUGCGUCUGCGCCGCCAACGGCGACGAACCUCGUCCCGAGGCACGUUCUACGCCACGGCACCUAUUCUUACUCAACAUCUCCUACCAGUCGGUCUUACGGUCCGGGCCCGGAACACCGAAGAUGCCUCCGAGCUUGACCUUUCUUGGGCUCUGCACUUUACCUACUUCCAGUGUCCGGACCUCUACACUCGGCGACUCCUAUGUCACUGACAGAUGCAAUGUGCUUUCUGCCAUUUCGCUUGGAGGAAACAUAGCGGGAUAUAAUCUUGGAGUCGCGACUGCUUAUGAAGUGAGUUAUUGGAAUGCCAUACUCCAUACGCUCAAUAGAAAUGGAUGUGAUCCGUUCGAUUCUGGUGAUUAUGCCGCAGACCCGCCACAGGAGAUGACGAGUACGAGUGAGUCGAAAUAA